AUAAACAUAAACAUUAAUUGAAACAGCUGAUUCCGUGUCAGCAGAUCGACAGAACAACAAGAGCGCUUUAUAGCCAUUCAGGAGCACAGAGAGACAUCAGCUGCAUAGAUCAAAACCGGGAGACAUGUCCAAAAAAUCCAAGAUGUUCCUCAGUGGAGUAGUCGAGGGGUUUUAUGGGAGGCCGUGGACUAUGAGCCAGAGGAAAGAGCUCUUCAGGAGGGAGCAGAAAUGGGGCUUGAACACCUAUCUGUAUGCUCCAAAAGAUGAUUACAAACACCGGAUGUACUGGAGGGAUCUGUAUUCUCCGGAGGAAGCAGAGCAGCUGAUGACGCUGAUCUCGGCGGCGAAGGAGCGUGGCGUGGAGCUGGUCUACGCUCUCUCCCCGGGGCUGGACAUCACCUUCUCGAACCCUCGAGAGCUGGCGGCGCUCAAGAGGAAGCUGGGCCAGGUCAGCGGCUUCGGCUGCCGGUCCUUCGCGCUGCUGUUCGACGACAUCGAGAGCGAAAUGUGUCCGGCUGAUAAAGAGGCGUUCGGCUCGUUCGCCGAGGCUCAGGUGUCCGUCACUAACCAGGUGUUUCUGCACCUGAAGGAGCCCCGCGUCUUCCUCUUCUGCCCCACCGAUUACUGUGCAGCGUUCUGCACUCCCAGCGUGCCGCAGUCUGCCUACUUGAACACGGUCGGUGAGAGACUCGACGCUGGGAUUGAUAUCCUCUGGACAGGGCCGAAGGUGGUGUCUCAGGACAUCAGUGUGGCGUCUAUAGAGGAGGUGUCUGCUGUCCUGCGCCGGCCGCCGGUCAUCUGGGACAACAUCCACGCUAACGACUACGACCCGCAGAGACUCUUCCUGGGACCCUUCAAGAACCGGCCCACCGAGCUCAUCCCUAAACUCCGAGGAGUCCUCACCAACCCGAACUGUGAAUAUGAGCCCAAUUUCGUGGCCAUUCACACGCUGGCCACGUGGUGCAGCUACGCGCAGAAAGACGUUUCUAUGGAGGGAGACGAUCAGGGCUCGGACUACAACCCCCAUGAGGCUUUGCGGCUGGCGCUCACUGAUUGGCUGGUUGAGUUCGGCAGAGCAGAUCAACCUGACGGGGCCCGCGGGGGCCCCUCUAAACCGCAGGUCUGUGACGAGGAGCCGAUGCAGACGGACGGUUACGUUCCGGGGCCCAAAGACAACCCUCUGUACACGGCUGAGCCGCUGACGCUGGACGACCUGACGCUGCUGUCCGAGCUCUUCUACCUGCCGUACGAACACGGGGCCACGGCCGUCCUCAUGCUGCAGGAGCUGCACUGGCUGCGCAGACACGGCCCCGGGCCCCGAGAUCCCCCGGAGCAGGGUAAAGAAUGGCGUCAGAGAGCGGAGAGGUUUGAUGGUCUGUGUGAGUCCGUGGUGCAGAUGUUUAACAGACUGUCUAAUGCUCCUAACCGGCUCAUCCUGUACGACCUCUACAACUACAUCUGUGACAUCAAGAGCGGGGUCACUAUGGCCAAGGCCUACGUCAAGACUCUCGGAGGUCAGACUCCUCACCCCGCUCUCGCUCUGACCGAUGACCCCGAGCCCUGGGGCUUCAGAGGAGGACUGUCCGGAGAAUUCCAGCGGAUGCUGCCGUCUCAUGGGAACCGUGAUCUGUUCCGUGGCGUUCCGGACACACGCGUGUACUUCAUACGACCCUUCACCCCUACAGACCAGCCCGAGGUGCUGAAGAUCUUUAAGGAGAUGCAGACGGAGACGCAGCAGAAGGUGGAGCUGGUGGGCGAUCGGCUGGUGGAGGGCCAGGUCUCGCCGUCACUGAGCUGCAGUCUGGUCCUGGAAGACGCCGCUGGAGUGUGCGGUUAUGUGUUCGCUCUCAGCGACGCCAAGACGGCCAUGACUAAAGCUCAGUAUCCAGAGACGAUGCUGCAGGACUUCCCAUCAGUCAUGGCCAUUCAGAUCCACUCCAGAGUUCCUGAUCACAGCACAGCCAAGCAGCUGAUCCAACAGACGCUGUCAUCGCUGAGAGUCAGCGGAUCUAAAGGAGUUUUCAGCGAGUUCAGAUCCAACGACAGACGAAUGUUCGACUUCCUGAAGACGCUGGACGUGUUUCAGGUUCUGAAAGUGGACGGCCUUCCCACAAACCUGGUCAUCAUGGGAACUAAACUCUGAACCCAUUCUGUGAUUUAAAUCCGUUUCAAAUUUAUUUGUCAAAUCUGUAUAAAUAUAAAUCGACUCUACAGAAAGGCACGCCUCACGAAAAAAAAAGUUUGAAAUUAAUAAUACAUCUUUAUUUGCAUAUUCAUUUUAAAUGUCUUAUUAAUUCCAUAAAUCAAACGAAUAUUAAUUAAACACAUCCAGUGUAGUUUAUAGGCAAAAAAACACUAAAAUCAGCAAAAAUAAAGUAGGUUUUGAGGUGUUGUAGUAUUUAAUAAAAGGCAAAUAUUUUAUUUUAAAACAA